GCAUCAGUUUCAGUAGUGAUCUCCGCAUCGCCACAUCAUUACCGCCACCAUGAACGCUAUACUUGUACUAGCCAUCCUGGGCCUGGCAAUGCCCAUUUACGGUGAGGAGACACAGGUAGAGAAGAAACAAGAGAAGAGAGGUGCUCUGGGGUUGGGUUACGGCUAUGGAGGAUUAGGAAACGCUCUGAUUGCGGGAUCGGCUUAUGGAGGACACGGAGGCUACGGACAGAGUUAUCUCGGCGGCGGCGUUGCCCCGGCCUACGUCUCGGGUCACGGCAUUUCCGCACCCGCCUACGGCUACAACGUGCAGCCCAUAGCGUCUCACGGAUACAGCGCGCCUUUGUACUCGUCUUACCGUAUCGGUUACUCCGGCGCGGGCGGUCUGGGAUACGGUGGCACGAACCUCGGACUCGGGCACGGUGCCGGAGCGAUCGCAUAUAGCGCCGGGCUGGGAUACGGCGCGAGGGGUCUUGGCCUUGGACACGGUGCGGGAAUCGGAUACGGUGCCGGAUACGGCGCGGGAUACGGCGCGGGAUUGGGACACGGCGGUCUCGUCGGCGUCGGCGCCGGUUACGGCCACGGAUGGUGA